AUGAUCGAAGUUACCUCGGGAGUGCUAGAGAAGGAAGGAGGCUUCGUGGCCGUGAGGCUGGUAAAUGGCACAGGGAGGUGCUCGGGCCGAGUGGAGGUUCUCAUCCAAGGCACGUGGGGGACCGUGUGUGAUGACCUCUGGGACCUGGCCGAGGCCACAGUCGUGUGCCGCCAGCUACAGUGUGGCCAGGCCAUGGCCGCACCCACGGGGGCCCACUUCGGGGCAGGCUCCGGGAAGAUCGUGCUUGAUGAUGUGCAGUGUGUGGGCAGCGAGAGCCAUCUGGGGCAGUGCGCACACAGGGGUGAAGCCAGACACAACUGCGGGCAUCUGGAGGAUGCUGGUGUCGUCUGCAGAGGUCCCAGAGCUUCCAUGACCGUGAGGCUGGUGAAUGGCACAGGGAGGUGCUCGGGCCGAGUGGAGGUUCUCAUCCAGGGCACAUGGGGGACCGUGUGUGAUGACCUCUGGGACCUGGCCGAGGCCACAGUCGUGUGCCGCCAGCUGCAGUGUGGCCAGGCCGUGGCGGCACCCACGGGGGCCCACUUCGGGGCAGGCUCUGGGAAGAUUUUGCUGGACGACGUGCAGUGUGCGGGCAGCGAGAGUCACCUGGGGCAGUGCGCGCACAGGGGUGAGGCCAGGCACAACUGCGGGCACCUGGAGGAUGCUGGUGUCGUCUGCACAGCAAGUCAGGUGAAGACUUCCUGGCCUAGGAUGGCCUCCCUCACAUGUCUUAUAGUUCCAUAGCUUGGCCAUCACCCCUUGACCCCUGGUUCUUCCCCAGGAGGCUGGGCCCCCGUGCGGCUGGUAGGUGGCCACGGGAGGUGUGCAGGCCGCGUGGAACUCUUCUACCGGGGAGUCUGGGGGACCGUGUGUGAUGACCUCUGGGAUCUGUCAGAAGCAAACAUCAUCUGCAGGCAGCUGGGGUGUGGCUGGGCCAUUUCAGCCCCAGGUGAGGCCCACUUUGGGGAAGGAUCUGGGAAAAUCCUCCUUGACAAUGUGCGCUGCAGGGGGGAUGAACAGCACCUGGAGGAGUGCUCCCACAUCGGCUGGCUUUCCCACAACUGUGGGCACGGAGAAGAUGCCGGCGUGAUCUGUUCAGAUGCUGAAUAUUCUAUGGCCACACCACCAGAUCACCCAUUGGCCCUCACAGCAGGAAAAAUGAUGGCAGGUGAGACUUUGGUGUCCUUGGCUGCUCUGACCGCCAUCUUCCAGCUCAACCUCGACUGCACCAAUGAAUAUUUUGAAAUCCUGGACGGCCCUCCAUCCUCGGCAAAGUCCCUGGGGAAGACCUGCUCUGGUUCCUACCUCACCUACGCGUCCUCCUCCAGCUCAUUGACCCUAGUGUACUUCCGAGGCUUCAACAACAUAGGGAAAAACUUCAUUGCUUAUUAUUAUUCUGCAGCCAAAGGGGACUGGCCAGACCUGAGGCUGGUUGGUGGCUCAGGUCGGUGCUCAGGACGCGUGGAGGUCCUCCACCAGGAGGCCUGGGGCACCGUGUGUGAUGACCUCUGGGACCUCAAUGAAGCCGAGGUCGUGUGCCGACAGCUGGGGUGUGGACGGGCCAUGUCCGCCCUUGGGAAAGCCCACUUUGGUCCGGGCUCUGGAGACAUCUUCCUGGACAACCUUCAGUGCUCCGGGGUGGAGCGCUCCCUGGGUCAGUGUGCCCACUCGGGCUGGUCGGAGCACAACUGUGGCCACCACGAAGACGCCAGUGUCAUCUGCUCAGGGGACUGGCCAGACCUGAGGCUGGUGGGUGGCUCAGGUCGGUGCUCAGGACGCGUGGAGGUCCUCCACCAGGAGGCCUGGGGCACCGUGUGUGACGACCUUUGGGAUCUCAACGAAGCUGAGGUUGUGUGCCGACAGCUGGGGUGUGGAUGGGCUGCGUCCGCCCUUGGGAAGGCCCACUUUGGCCCCGGCUCUGGAGACAUCUUCCUGGACAAUGUACAGUGCUCUGGGAUGGAGCGCUCCCUGGGUCAGUGCGCCCACUUGGGCUGGUCGGAGCACAACUGUGGCCACCACGAGGAUGCCGGUGUCAUCUGCUCAGAAAGCUACCCAACAGACAUCCAGUGCGUUUGGGAGAUUCAUGUGGAUAAAAAAUUCCGCAUAGAACUCAUGAUUCCAACUCUGAACCUAGAGGAUAUCCUUGGAUGCCCUUACGACUCCGUUGAAAUCUUCGAUGGCCCCCGGAUUGCCUCACUGUCCAUGGGGAAGUUCUGUGCCUCAGUAGCUCUGAUAUUUUUCUCCUCCUCAGACAUCAUGACAGUGGUCUUCCGAAGUGAUUCUAUGAUCACCAACACUGGCUUUUAUGCUAUGUUCAACGUGAUUCCACAAGGCGAAAGAGAGUCAGGUAGCAAACUUCAAGGGGCCUGGGGCACCGUAUGUGAUGACCUCUGGGACCUCAAUGAAGCCAAGGUCGUGUGCCGACAGCUGGGGUGUGGACGGGCCAUUGCAGCCCCUGGAAAGGCUCACUUUGGCCCGGGCUCUGGAAACAUCCUCCUGGAUAACAUUCAGUGUUCAGGAAGCGAGAACCACCUCGGCCAGUGCCUCAGCUCCGGGUGGUCAGACCACAAUUGUGGCCACCAUGAAGACGCCGGUGUCGUCUGCUCAGGAGGAAGUAACUCUUGUGGAGGAGUCAUUUCUGGUCUCUCGGGCUCCUUCUCCAGUCCUUGGUAUCCAACAAACUACCCCACCGACGUGGAGUGUAUCUGGGUGGUACACGUGGCUGAGAAGUUCCACAUAGAACUGGUGAUCCCAAGCCUGAAAUUAGAAGACAUAUAUGGGUGCCCUUAUGACUUUAUUGAAGUGUUCGACGGACGGCAAGUUGCCUCACUCUCCAAGGGCAGAUUUUGUGCUGGGGCAGAGCUCACCUUCCUCUCCUCUUCAAACAUCAUGACUGUGGUGUUCAGAAGUGAUGCCAUGAUCACCAACACAGGGUUUUAUGCUCUGUAUAAUGCCAUUCAGCAAGAUGAAAGGGAGAGUGGUGCAUCCCUGAGACUGGUGAAUGGCAGUCACAGGUGUGAGGGCCGGGUGGAGGUCUUCUACAACGGCACCUGGGGCACAGUGUGUGAUGACAGCUGGGACAUAACAGAUGCCAGGGUGGUGUGCCAACAGCUUGGCUGUGGUGAGGCCUUGUCAGCCCCAGCUCAGAGCUACUUUGAUGGAGGCACUGGCCACAUCAUGCUGGAUGAUAUGCAGUGCAUGGGGAACGAAGCCAGGCUGUGGCAAUGCACGCACAAUGGAUGGUUCUCCCACAAUUGCGGGCACCAUGAGGAUGCCAGCGCCAUCUGCUCAGUAUUCACCUCCUCCUCAAAUCGCUUGACGGUGGUCUUCCACAGCGACGCUAUUGUCACCAACAUGGGCUUUUUUGCAUCCUAUGAGUCUCUUGUGCAAGAUGAGAACAAUACCGGGCAGGGGCAAAGGAGGAGCACCCAGAGCAUGACCCAGGCGUGUCCGCGGUCCCCAGAUGUGGCCCUCAGGCUGGCCGGAGGCAGCCACCGGUGCGAGGGCCGCGUGGAGCUGCACUACAACGGCACCUGGGGGACCGUGUGUGACGACAGCUGGGACCCGCGUGACGCGCAGGUGGUGUGUAGGCAGCUGGCCUGCGGCAGGGCGGUGUCGGCCCCCAGCAGGGCGCAUUUCCACCAAGGCGUGGGCCCCAUUGCUCUGGACGACGUGGAGUGCGUGGGGACGGAAGCCAGGCUGUGGCAGUGCCUGCACAGCGGCUGGUUCUCCCACAACUGCGGCCACCACGAGGAUGCCGGCGUCAUCUGCUCAGCCUCUCUGCCUUACUCAACACCAUCAGCUGCUGGGAGUUACCCAAUUUCAGCAUCUUUCCCAAAGCCGGCAGAAGUGCCCACGUCAGCAGUUGCUGCAACUCCUGGGGAACAGCCACAUGUUUUCCAACCAAUAGAUCUGCCGGUGGUGAGGCUGGCGGCGGGGAGCAGCAGGUGCGAGGGCCGCGUGGAGAUCCUCUACAACGGCACCUGGGGGACCGUGUGCGACGACCUCUGGGACCUGCCGGCCGCACGGGUGGUGUGCCGGCAGCUGGGCUGCGGAAUGGCACUGGCGGCCCCGAGAAGCAGUCUGUUUGGUGAUGGCUUGGGCCCCAUCUUCCUGGACGAUGUGCGCUGCACGGGCGAUGAGACCAGCCUGGGGCAGUGCAUCCACCGUGGCCUGUCGGUCCAUAACUGUGGUCACCACGAGGAUGCCGGAGCCGUCUGCUCAGCUGCCGAAGCUGCCCCAGAAUCAGCGGAAACAGCUCCUGCAGUUGACCUGCCCAUCAUCAGGCUGGCGGAUGGGAGCAACCGCUGUGAAGGUCGCAUCGAGGUGUACCACAACAGCACGUGGGGGACCGUGUGUGAUGACCUCUGGAGCAUCGGCGCAGCCCGCGUUGUGUGCCGGCAGCUGGACUGCGGGGAGGGCGUCAGAGCCCUGGGGAACGGCCACUUUGGGGAAGGUGUGGGGAGCAUCCUCCUGGACGACGUGCAGUGCCGGGGCAAUGAGACCACACUAGGCCAGUGCCGGCACCUGGGUUUGUUCAUCCACAACUGUGGCCACCAUGAGGACGCCGGGGUCAUCUGCUCAGUUUCAGCAUCAGCCACAGAAAUGACCACUUCACCUGUUCCUACCUCCGUUUCAGCCACUGAUUCGGCCCUUGUAACUGGAUCUUCUAGUAUUACUGUAACCACCUUAACAGCUUCAGUCGCAACCACCGUGACCUCCACACCAGAUACCUCUUCAACCUCAGUGGAAGUGACCUCUCCACCUGAUAUAUCUUCAGCCUCCACAGAAGUGGACCCGCCCCCUGACACAAGUCUCACUCGGGAAGAGGAGACCUCUUCACCAGCCAUACAUCUGAUUUCAACAAAAGCGACAUCAUCACCUGUUACAAUUUCAACUGGUGAAGACAUGAUCCCUUUGCCUGACCCUCCCCUGCGCCUGGCGGGCGGGCGCAGCCGCUGCGAGGGCCGGGUCGAGGUCCGCCACCAGGGCGUGUGGGGCACGGUGUGCGACGACCACUGGGACAUCAGGGACGCCCGCGUCGUGUGUCGCCUGCUGCGCUGCGGCCCCGCGCUCGCCGCCCCGGGGCACGGCCGCUUCGGCCCGGGCUCGGGGCCCAUCCUGCUGGACGACGUGCGCUGCGCGGGCACCGAGGACGCACUGGGCCACUGCGGCCACUCGGGCUGGACGCGCCACAACUGUCGCCACCGGGAGGACGCGGGCGUGGUCUGCGCAGGUGCCGCAGCGCGUCAGCGAUGGGGGCUGUCCCCGGGGCUCCGUCCCUCUUCCUCCGCCCGCGUUCCUAAGGCCAAGGCCCCGGCUGCUGGGAUAGCAAGGGCGCAUGUGAGGGCACAGUCGUAG